GUUGAUUUGGUCGGAGGUCUGGAAAAUGGUCGUCCAAGAGGAGAAUCCCAGUUCUGGGGAAAAUGUGGAGAAAACUGAGACUGGGACAGGUGUUGCAGAGCCAGCAAAGAUCUUUAAGGUUGAGAUUUUGCACAUGAUCAAGGAUGCACAGCAGCAGCAUGGUCUCCGUCAUGGCGACUUCCAACGGUAUCGUGGCUACUGCACCCGUCGCAUUCGUCGUCUCCGCAAGGCAUUGAAAUACCCGCAGGGCGACAAGCGACACUUCAAGCGACGCGAUGUGACCAUUACUCAGUUGACAGGCAAGAAGGCGGAUGAACGCUACAUUCAUAUCCCACUGAUCAGUGCCGAACGGGCCUGGGCCUAUGCCAUGCAGCUGAAACAGGAGUCCAACACGGAACCGCGCAAACGUUUCCAUUUGAUCAGCAAGCUUCGAAGGGCGUGCUUCUAUGCCUUGCAAUUGCAGGAGUUGUGCAAAACGGAUGCCUUUGAUGCCCGCACGAAGCUGGAGUGUGAGGCUUAUGUAGCCUGGAUGCACGGCAGCCUGCACUUCGAGUUGCAGCUGUGGCAGACAGCCGGUGAGCAUUUAAAGCGUGCACAGGUCGUGUAUGAGAACCUGGCCGCGGCCCUGCCAGACGAUGAGCAAGAACUGUAUCGGGCCAAGGUGAACGAGUUUACACCGAAUCUGCGCUAUUGCGCCUAUAACAUCAGCGGAGGAGCUAGUGGCGGCGAUCUCGAUGAGAUACUAGAGCUGCGUGCCCAAGGCGUACUCGAGAACUUGGAUGUGCUGGUCAGCCAGACGAAAACUGAGAGCAGCGAGGGACUGCAGACGAUUGAUUGGCGUGGCCGUAAAGUCACUGUGCGUCCGGAGAAGGUGCGUCUGUUCUUGCUCAGUGCCCAGGAGCUGGACAAGUCGUUGGCCAAGGCAAGCAAAAUAGAUGCCAAGAUAGAGCUGAUCGAGCGCAUCCUAAUGGACUGCAAGGACGCCAUCCAGGCGGUGCGGGAUGAGAUCAAGCAGGAUCCCAAGCUGCGUUCAUUGACAACCGGGCAGACAGUCUCUGGCGUGCAGUAUUUGCUGGCCUACUUGAGCUACAUUCGUCAUAGCCGGACACUGCAGCGUAAUCUGUGCCUCGUGGAGCAGGCCAAGCUCAAUUUUGUCGAUCCCAACCAGAAGUCGGAAGUUGUGGGCGAUGGCAAACGCGUGCGAUCACAGGAUCUUGCCCGCCUCUACGAAAUCAUCUUGCAGAAUGUCACCGAGAUGCAGCAAAUCAACGGCAUGGAGGAGGAUGCCAAGUAUCAAAGUGAGGUAGAGAACCUGGCCAUUACUUUCAAGGCCUUCCGCUGCUACUACAUUGCUCUCACGCUGAUCGAUAUGAAGAAGUGGAAGGAGGCAGUGGCGCUGUACGAGCGCGCCUCCAACUACGCCAACGAGGCGCUGAAGGGCAAAGCCUGUCCAGAGUUCCAGCAGCAGUUGGAACUUACAACGCUCGUGUCCAUUAUCGACGGCUGCAAGUUCUCUGCCCACGCGUAUAGUGUGCUCGAGGACGACAAUAGCGAGGCCGGUACUACCACAAAGGCGCAGAAAACAACGAAACCGCUCUAUGAGCGUCUGUCACAAUACAAGGAAGACCAAUCGCUCCACACCAAGACCCCCAAUGUGUUCAAGCUCACACCCGACAUGGAGCCCAUUCCGUGCAAGCCGCUCUUCUUCGAUCUGGCUAUGAAUUACGUAGAGUUGCCCUCGCUGGAGGACAAACUGGAGCAAGAAGGCAAGAAGGGCGCCUCCAUUACUGGCUUCGUCAAGGGAUUCCUGGGCUGGGGCGGCGGCGGCGGCAACAAGUGAGGUAGCACCCAAUGGCCCAUUCUUCUGGAAUUCCACUCAUCAAUGUUACACUUAUAAAGAGUUCAGAUACAUGUCCAGGCGUACAUUGAUCCGCUGUUCUUUAUAGGUUCUUUGUUUUGGCUUUUACCCACGCCCGGCUUUUGUAUAGACGAAAUAUUAAUUUUCAAGGAACCAUUUUUUAAGUUAAAAAUUGAAAAAUUAUUUGGUAAUAAAGGAACCUACAACACAA